CGCCGAGCCUUCUGCACUUGUUCGAAACCCUUUCUCCACCAAUCUGUAAGCGCCGAACUGCACUCUGACGCAGGAACAGAACCACGACCAGGAACAGGCACCAUGGCCCGCAUGGCGCUCCUCUCAACGCUCACCAUCGCGUCCCUUGCAGCCUCCGCGGCUGCCCUCGUCGACGUCCCGAAGAACCACGGCGUGCCGGGCGUCGACGCAACAUACGACUACGUGAUCAUCGGCGGCGGAACCUCUGGUCUGACAAUCGCCGCGCGCCUCGCCGAGGAUCCCGACGUCAGUGUCGCUGUCAUUGAGGCUGGAGGGUACUACGAGGUCGAGGGUGGUCCGCCGAGUAUCAUCCCUGGUCUUGCAGGGAUUGCCAACACGGGGACGGACCCGAGUGACAAGUCGCCGAUUGACUGGAAUUUUGUGGCGGAGCCGUUGACUGAAGCACAUGAUCGUACGCUGCGCUACGCACGCGGCCGGACGCUGGGAGGAUCUUCAGCAAGACAUUACAUGGUCUACCAGCGUGGAACAAAGGGAACCUACGAGCAAUGGGCCGACGUCACCGGCUCGGACUCGUGGUCCUGGGACUCGGUCCUCCCCUACUUCAAGCAGAGCGUCACCCUCACCCCCGCCGACAUGACCGACCGCUUCCCCAACACGACCGUCGCCUACGACCCCGAGGGCUACUCGCCCGACGGUGCCCCGUUGCAGGUCUCCUGGCCAAACUAUGGAUCUCCCUUUUCGACAUACGUCGAGAUUGGCCUGGAGGCUCUUGGGCUCGCCCGCGAUACGGACUUUAACAUGGGGACGCUUGACGGGUCCAGCUGGGCACCGAUCACGAUCGAUCCAAAGGACCAGACGCGCAGUUCCUCCGAGACGAGUUUCCUGCGCGAGGCGUAUCGCACGACGGAUCUCGUUGUGUACCCGCAUACCAUGGCGCUGAAGAUCAAUUUCGACGACACGACUGCAACGGGCGUGCAGGUGCGCAGCAAUGCCGGCGUCCCCUUUACCCUCACAGCCCGCAAGGAAGUCAUCCUCUCCGCCGGCACAUUCCAGUCCCCGCAGCUCCUCAUGGUCUCCGGAAUCGGACCCGAAGACCAGCUCGAAGCGCAGGGCAUCGAAGUCAUCUCUAGUCUCCCCGGCGUCGGCCAGAACCUCUGGGACCACUGCAUGUUCGGCGUCGUCAACGAGGUCAACGUCAUCACCUCGAGCCGCAUCAUCUCGGACCCCCAAUUCGCGCUGCAGGCCGGUGUCGACUACACGAAACAAUCGGGUCCCCUGACUGCGCCUGGGUUCGGCGUCAUCGGCUGGCAGCAGGGUCCGCUCGAGGGGCUCUCGCAAGAAACGCAAGAGGCGCUCAGCGCUACUUUUCCGAGCGAUUGGCCGAUCCUCGAGUACCUGUCUCUGGACGGGAUUCUCGACGGCUGGCACAGCGCCCUAGACCAAUUCGCGGGCAAGGGGCACGAGUGGGCGUCGCUGGCGGCGGGGCUCGUUGCGCCAUUAUCCCGUGGAAACAUCACGAUCCGCUCUGAUAGCGCUGACGACGCGCCUGUGAUUGAGCUGGGGUAUCUCACGCACCCCGGUGACCAAGAGGUUGCCGUUGCAGCCGUCAAGCGGCUGCGCGCGGCGUGGGAAGCCACAGGCAUCGCGAUCGGCGAGGAAUACCGUCCUGGUCCGGAUGUGCAGACCGACGCGGAGAUCCUCGAGUUCAUCCGCGAGACUGUUGUCCCCGUCUUCCAUGCCGCGGGCACCUGUGCCAUGGGCAAGGAGUCGGAUCCGAUGGCUGUUGUUGAUGCCACGGGUAAAGUCUUUGGUGUGCAGAACCUCCGUGUCGUUGACGCGAGUAUUUUCCCGACGUUGCCUGCUGGGCAUCCGCAGAGCAGCUGCUACAUGGUUGCGGAGAAGAUUGCGGCGGAUAUCAAGAGUGGGAAUUAAAUAGCAUCUGGGUCUUCUUGUUGUUCGUUUUGCUGUAGUGACUUCGUUUGAGCUUAUAGAGCGGCUGUUUUAAUAUAAUAAUGC